CCAUUGUCUGGAUGGACCACCAUUUGUUUAUCACUUCACCUUUCGAAGGACUUUUCAGUUUCUUCCAAGUUUGGUCAAUCAACACCCGUGUGCAGAUUUGUGUGUAAACAUCAGUUUUCAACUCUUUGGAUAAAAACCAAGCAACGUGAUUGCUGAAUCAGAUGGUGGGAACAUGUUUCAUUUUGAAAGAAACUGCCAAACCGUCUUCCAAAGUGGCUGCACUGUUUUGUAUCCCACCAGCAGGGAAUGCAAGUUCCUGUUUCUCCGCAUCCUCAACAGCCUCUGGUGUUAUUAGUGUUCUGGAUUUUGGCGAUUCUGAAAGGACACGUGGCGAACCUCCGUGUCAAAACAUUUCCCACAGCUUGGCCUGGUGACCACUGCCACGCGGGAGGAGGUGGAGGGAUGGCCGCUUGUCUCCUGAAACCUGCACUUCGUGGCGUCGGUCAGAAGAUGGAGAGGUCUGUCCAGCUUGGCAUCGCGGAGGGAUUCUUUAUCUCUUUUAGGAGCCAGAGUAACCCUGAUCUGCUCCUCACUGCUCAGCACUGAGCCUGUCACUCUGAUGGAACCCACGCGCGCCAGCUUCCAGAAGCUGGGUUCCGUUGCAGGGGACAGGAAGGAGAAGAAGGCUGCAGCGAUGCCUGACUCCCCCGCGGAGGUGAAGACACAGCCCCGGUCCACGCCCCCCAGCAUGCCACCCCCUCCACCCUCUGCGUCCCAGGGCACCACACGGCACUCCUCCUUCACGCCCCACACAAAUCGAGAGGACGGGCCUGCGAUGUCUCUGCCCCACGGCCGUUUUCAUGGCUGCUUAAAAUGGUCUAUGGUCUGUCUUUUAAUGAACGGCAGCAGCCACUCGCCAACGGCCAUCAACGGCACCCCAUCCACGCCCAAUGGCUUCAGCAACGGCCCGGCCACCUCGUCCACGGCCUCACUGUCCACACAGCACCUGCCCCCCGCCUGCGGGGCCCGGCAGCUCAGCAAACUCAAGCGCUUCCUCACCACCCUGCAGCAGUUCGGCAGCGACAUCUCCCCGGAGAUCGGGGAGCGCGUCCGCACGCUUGUGCUGGGGCUUGUGAACUCGACACUGACCAUUGAGGAGUUUCAUUCCAAGCUCCAGGAAGCCACCAACUUCCCACUGCGUCCAUUCGUCAUCCCUUUCCUGAAGGCAAACCUGCCCUUGCUGCAGCGGGAACUCCUGCACUGCGCCCGCCUGGCCAAGCAGACCCCUGCCCAGUACCUGGCCCAGCACGAGCAGCUCCUGCUGGAUGCCAACGCCUCUUCCCCCAUUGACUCCUCGGAGCUCCUGCUGGAAGUCAAUGAGAACGGCAAGAGGGGGACACCCGACAGGACCAAAGAGAAUGGGUCAGACCGCGACCCGCUGCACCCUGACCCCCUCAGCAAACGGCCGUGCACCCUGAGCCCCGCCCAGCGCUACAGCCCCAGCAACGGGCUGCCCCACCCCACGCCGCCACACUACCGCCUGGAGGACAUGGCUUUGGCCCACCACUCCCGUGACCCCUACCGCCACCCUGACCCCCGGGAGCUUCGGGAGCGCCAUCGGCAACUCAUGGUCCACGCGUCACGGCCAGAGGAAGUGAUCGACCACAGGCUCACAGAGCGCGAGUGGGCUGAGGAGUGGAAGCACCUCAACAACCUCCUGAACUGCAUCAUGGACAUGGCCGAGAAGACACGGCGGUCACUCACCGUGCUGCGCCGGUGCCAGGAGGCGGACCGCGAGGAGCUCAACCACUGGGUGCGGCGCUACAGCGAUACUGAGGACACCAAGAAGGGCCCCUCGACCACCGCCACCCGGCCCCUCGGCAGCUCGACAGGAGCAGAGGGGUCUCAGCUCGACGUGCACCGGGAGUUCAUGCCCAGGACCCUCUCCAGUUACAUGCCCGAGGAGAUCUGGAGGAAGGCUGAGGAGGCGGUGAACGAGGUCAAGCGGCAGGCGAUGUCUGAGCUGCAGAAGGCGGUGUCAGACGCCGAGCGGAAGGCCCAUGAACUCAUCAGCACAGAGCGUGCCAAGAUGGAGCGGGCCCUGGCCGAGGCCAGGCGGCAGGCCUCGGAGGAUGCCCUCACUGUCAUCAACCAGCAGGAAGACUCCAGUGAGAGCUGCUGGAACUGUGGGCGCAAGGCCAGCGAGACGUGCAGCGGCUGCAAUGCAGCCCGCUACUGCGGCUCCUUCUGCCAGCACAAGGACUGGGAGAAGCACCACCACGUGUGCGGUCAGAGCCUGCAGGGCCCCUCGGCCGUGGUGGCCGACCCGGUCCCCGGACAGCCCGACGCCACCACCAGCCUGGGCCCCUGCCUGCCCACAGGUGCCGCGAGCCCCAGCGAAGCUGGCUCCACGGGGCCCUCUCGCCCUGGCUCCCCUGGCCCGCUGGACGCCGCGCCCCGCUGACCCCUGCCAGACCCGCUGCUCGGCCCACGGACAUGCGCCCACCAACCCCGCCCAGCCCCAGCCGCCGCCGGAGGCUUCCCCCGGCCCUGGGAGCCUGACCAUUGGAGUCACUGCUGCUACUGCUUCUCUCCAAAAGAAAACACAGAACCAACAGAAACUGCAUUCAACGCAACUUCCUCAGCUACCUGACGGUCUCACGCGACAACCUCUUCUUCAAGCAUCCUCAGAACCUCCCACCGAGCUUUAGACAACGGC